AUGGCAUUUUCAGUAUUACCAGUACAACUGGUAAUAAUGAAUGUUCCAUUGAGCUUUCUUGGAUCCUUUGUUGUGGCUUUGCUCAUUUCUGCCUUCUAUACAAAAGCAGCUGCUCUAGAUGAUUUGAGUAUCAAGAGAUCUGAUUUUCCAAAGGAUUUUCUUUUUGGAGCUGCUACUUCAGCCCAACAAAUUGAAGGGUCAGGAAACGAAGGAGGGAGGACACCAAGUAUUUGGGACACCUAUGCUGCCAUCCCAGGCAAUAUUAGAGAUGGAAAUAACACUUUGAUUGCCACUGAUUCAUACAAACGAUAUAAGGAAGAUAUAAAACUCCUAAAGGACCUCGGAGUCGAUUCUUACAGAUUUUCCAUUUCUUGGUCCAGGAUUUUGCCUCAGGGUUCACUAAGCGGUGGUAUAAACCAAGAGGGUAUUGACUUCUACAACAAUUUGAUCGAUGAACUAAUAGCAAAUGGCUUGAAACCAUUUGUGACAAUAUUACAUUUUGACACACCACAAGCUCUUGAAGACAAGUAUGGUAGCUUUUUGAGUCGCCAAAUUGUAAAUGACUUCAAGGACUAUAGUGAGCUUUUGUUCAAAACAUAUGGGGACAGAGUUAAACAUUGGGUAACAAUCAAUGAACCAUUUGUGGUGGCACUUGGAUAUGACUUAGGGAAAGGUGCACCGGGAAGAUGUUCGUUGCCGCCGCCCGCCGGUCCAUGUCCGGCUGGUGACUCAUCCAUAGAACCUUACAUUGUAGGCCACAACUUUGUCCUUGCCCAUGCUGCAGCUGCUAAGCUCUAUAAACAAAAGUACCAAGCACAACAAGGAGGACAAAUUGGAAUUGUUGUUGUUGGAGAAUUUAUGGAACCUUUAAACAACACACCAGAAGAUAAAGCAGCUGCAGGAAGAUACUUGGAAUUUCUUUUUGGAUGGCAUUUGGAACCACUGACACAUGGAGAUUAUCCAAAAGUGAUGAGAGAAUAUGUUGGGGAGAGGCUACCAACUUUCACUUUGGAAGAGAGGAAUUUGGUAAAGGGAUCAUUGGAUUUUAUUGGUGUCAACUACUAUACCUCUAGAUAUGCUUUUAAGUCUGAUAAACCAGAGGAACACAAACACUAUAUUGGAGAUUCCUUAGUAACACUCGCAGCUGAGAAAAAUGGAGUUCUAAUAGGUCCUAAGUCUGAAGGGAAUAGAUACGUGUAUAGUUAUCCACUAGGGCUGCAGAAAGUUUUGGAGUACAUGAAGAUGAAGUACCAAAAUCCCACUAUUUAUAUCACAGAGAAUGGAUACCCAGAUGGAAAUAUACCAGAACGACCGCUGAAAGAAUCACUUAAAGAUCCAGCUCGGAUUAACUAUAUUCUUCAGCAUUUGUACUACACUAAUAAAGCAAUGAAGAGUGGUGUGAAUGUAAAAGGCUACUUCUACUGGGCACUGUUAGACAACUUCGAAUGGGGAAGUGGGUAUACAGUAAGAUAUGGGUUAUACUUUGUUGAUUAUAGUGAUAAUCGUAGACGUUAUCCCAAACUAUCUGCUUUAUGGCUUCCUACAUUCUUGAAAGGAUCUAUAAAUAAGUCUGCACCAAAAGCCCAGUACCCGGCCCGACGCGUAAAAAAACUUGCCCGAAAAUCCAAAACUCGCCCAACUCGAAUUAAUUCGGGCAAACUUGACCAAUCCAAAAUUAAUUCGGGUUGGAAACCUAAACCAAAUGGAGACCUUUGA